GACGGAGACUCACUUGCACCCCGUACGAUCUCGCGGUAGCGACUCGUUAUCAUUUUUCGCUCCCUGCAUUCGAUUAUUUGCCAACAAUAUUUUUGAAAAUUUUUUUUCUUCACCAAGUGUUUGAAAGAGCGACCGCUUGUAUUUUUUUCAAUAACUAAAAGUUUUAAAAAAUCAUAAUUUUUUUUUUUUUCAAAUAAAUUUGAAAUGGCAUUGAAAAUUAGUGUUUUCAGUCUCUUUUUUAUUUUAUGUGUCUUGGCAGUAACAAUCAAUGCCGGACCAUAUUUUGAAGAGGAGAUGGAUGGGAUGCCCGUUGAUUCUUCAGAUUACUCAGACAAUACUCUGGAAGAUAUAAUGCGUGUUGCACAGCAAAAACGUUCCCCGUAUAUGUAUGUCUUCAGACGAGGCUGUAUCCGACGUGAUGGAAACUGCGACCACAGACCAAACGACUGCUGCUACAGCUCAUCAUGUCGAUGCAACUUGUGGGGCUCAAAUUGUCGCUGUCAGCGUGUCGGUCUCUUCCAGAAAUGGGGAUAAAUCCACUAACCACCCCCGGUAUAUACAUAUAUAUAUGAAUUACAAUAACAAUAACAAUAACAAUAGCAACAGCAACAACAACAAUAAUAAUAAUUUAUGCAUUUCGAGGUCUUCGGGCUCAUCCGCUUAACUAUAAAAAUGACGCCGCUUUUCACUCUUGCCAAUUAAUUUUUAUCGUCUAAUCAAAGAAAUCUUAUCUACGACUCUUGCAAUACAGCUCAAUCCCACAAGACUUGUCUCAGCUUAGAGUUUAUCUCAUUGAUUACGAUAAAUAUUUAAAAAAAAUCAAGAUUCUCUUUAAAUAUAUUACGAGCUUUCAUCACUUGAUAAAUAUUUUUUUAUCCAAAAUUUAUUUCUCAAAAAGCUCUAUUUUAUUUAUGGACACGUGUAUUGUUUAUUAAAAAAAAAUAUAAAAUAAAAAAAUAACAAAAAAAUGAAAAAUUGUAAAAUUAUCGCUGGUCCACAACGAAAAUCCUUGAUCAGGAUAAUUUAUUUUCUGCAUGCUCUAUAUUUACUGUGACGAAUUAUAUAUGUGACAUAAAUAUGAAAUAUUUGUUUGAAUAUUGAAAAAAAAAAAAAAAUUAAUAUUUAUCAAUGUA